GGGGAUAGCAGCACCCCAGCAGGAGAUGGCAACACCCCUGUGGUCUUCAUGACGUGGGGCCUCAGGGAGCAGUGGAGGAAGGUGCAGGCCAACAGGCCCGUCCUCAAUGACCACCUGCAGGCUUUCCUGCACAAAGAGCGCAUUGAACAGCAAUUAAAGCAGCAUGUUGAGAAGGAGAGGGAGCUGGAUGCUCAAUUUGAGAAGAGGAGGCGCAGCCUGGAGGAGAAGUACCUCAAGAAAGAGGAGAAGCUGCGAGCUGCUGCAGAGGAGAAGAAGGAGAGACUGGAACGACAGCUGAGGAAGGAGGCGGAGAAGAGGACGAGGGCAGCCGCCAAGAAGCAGAAGAAGAGAGAGGAGAAGGAGAAAAAAGAGGAGGAGAAGAGGAUGAGGGCAGCCGCCAAGGAGGAGAAGAAGAGAGAGGAGAAGGAGAGGAAAGAGGAGGAGAAGGCCGCCAGGCAGAGGGCCAAAGAGGAGAAGAGGGAGGCUGAGAGGCAGAGGAGGAGAGAGAGGAGUGAGAGAGGAGAGAGUUCCAGCUGUGGCCUCCUAUCAUGCUUCAGGAGGAGGUCGGCAACAGCUGACUAAACUCUCCCUCUCCCUGUCUGUCCUCUGCCCUCCCCUCCUCCCUGUCUGUCCCCUCUCCUCCCCUCUUCCUUCCCGGUCCUCUGUCCUCUCUCCUUCUAUCCCCCGAGUCCUCUGUCCUCCUCCAUCCUCCCAGUUCUCCUCUCUUUCCCUCUUGUCUUUCUCUGGCCUUGUUGUUUCUAGUGUUGCACUGAUACCCUGAUACUGAUAUCUGAUACCUGGUUGUGCAGCAUCAGCCGAUACUGUUACCAUACCGAUACCACUCUAUUUGAAAUAUAUAUAAAGAGCUGCAUACUACUUGGAUGUAAAAGCAUUGCCUUCAUGGAUUUGUCAGGCUGCUGCCUACCUUUGUGAAACAGGAAAAAAAAUACAGUAAUACAAAGUAAAUCCUGUAGAACUUUUUAUAUUUUAAAAAAAUAGGCUGCCUCUGAUAUAAAAUAACUAAGUUCAAUGCUGCGUUCAAGUUUCAUACAAGCAUCGGUAAAUGGUAUCGUGCCCUAUUUGCUGGUACUCGCCGAUACCGAUACCAAUACCACCAAUUUAGUGUGGACCCAGGCCCUGUCCGAUACUGGUAGGGGACAAAGGGCUCAGAUGCCCCGGGCCCAGGGAAAGAGGAGGCCCAGAAUUUAGUCCACAUUACAUUGUAUGUAUUGAUUUGGGGGCCCUUUCAAAUGACUUUGUCCCGGGCCUGGUAAAAGCUGUCAGCGGCCCUGGGUAUCGGUAUCGGUGCAACACUCGUUGUUUCCCCUGUCUGUCUGUCUGU